CGGGUGUGUUUGAAAAGACUUUCACUGAGCUGUGGAGGGAUUCGCUGUGUAUCGAAUGAUACACACAGCAACUCAAACUCGAGCCAAGACCGUUUUUAUGAAAAGAGCUGUGCAACACGAAAGAGGAAAGCUGUAAUCUGUGUGCAGGAAUGUCAGAAGCUAGUUUUGACUCGGGGAAGAAUGCCUCUCAGGAUAAUCAAUCGGACCCUAAUGAACAGGGCCAUCAAAAUACUGCUGACUCUGUGAGUCGAUCAGAGGCCAGAAAAAACAGCCUGGAUGAAGCACACAUGACUGAAAUUGACAUCAGUGAGGAUAAGGAAGUUGGAAACCACAGUUAUACUCGCAGUGAGGAUGUGGAUGACGGUGAUGAAGAUGAGGAUUCUCAGGCUCAGAGUAAACCUAGUCGAAUAAAUCGGGAAGAUGCUGAUUCUGAAACAACAAGCAGUGUGGCAACAGAAGCUGAUGUAAAGGUGGCUAUGGCAGAGGAGGCCCACAGAAGCCCGGCUGCUCAAAUCUCAGUGACCAGAAACGGAGAAGCAGACAAGAGUCACGAUGAAGUGUUUCACAGGGAUGUGCCACACAAUAUCUCCUCUGGACCAAUCGCAUCACACUCCCACAAUUCACCUGAAAACUAUGCAGUGAAUGAGGGAGUGGUCCAAGUGGGGCAAUAUUCAGGGUCGCCAUUCCAGGCCACCACACCUAAAGUUGUCCCCAGUCCUGCAGCUGCCAGCCGGCUAGCUCGCAGCAUCAGCGAUAGUCAGGUGGAAACACGGAAAGGUGCUUUGAGAGAGCAACAGACGGGAGGAGCAGUGGUCCUUGCUGAUGACAUGAAAAGCCCUGCCAUAGAGAAGCUGGAGCUGGUGAAGAAGUGGAGCAUCAACACUUACAAAUGCACAAAGCAAAUUCUGUCGGAGAAGUUAGGUCGUGGCUCCCGUACAGUUGAUCUGGAGCUGGAGGCUCAGAUUGAGGUCCUUCGUGAUAACAAACGAAAGUAUGAGCAUGUUAUCAAGCUGGCGCAGACACUUUGCACUCAGCUGGCGCAGAUGCUGCAGACGCAGAGACAGCUGGGUGACGCAUUUGCCGACCUUAGUCUCAAGACACCUGAGCUACAUGAGGAAUUUGGUUACAAUGCUGAAACCCAAAAACUCCUGGCAAAAAAUGGAGAAACUCUGUUGGGAGCCAUCAACUUCUUUAUCUCCAAUGUUAAAACUUUAGUGGAUAAAACUAUAGAGGACACCUUGAUCAACAUUAAGCAAUAUGAAGCAGCAAGGAUUGAGUAUGAUGCGUAUCGCACAGAUUUAGAGGAGCUCAAUCUGGGUCCACGGGACGCCAACACACUCCCUAAGAUUGAGCUGUCUCAGCAACAGUUCCAGAUCCACCGUGAAAAAUAUGAAAAGAUGCGCAAUGACGUCUCAGUCAAACUCAAGUUUCUGGAGGAAAACAAGGUGAAGGUUUUACACAACCAGCUGAUUCUCUUCCAUAACGCCAUUGCAGCAUACUUCGCAGGCAACCAACAGCAACUGGAACAGACCCUUAAACAGUUCCACAUCAAACUAAAGUUACCAGGAGGAGAAACCCCUUCUUGGCUAGAGGAGCACUGAUUGAAUCAAAUGGUAUGAUCCAGAGCGGAGGGCAGUGCACAGCACUCUAUAAGGAAACCAAAUCCAUAAAGCAAAAAUGUCUUGCGAUCACUCCUUAACCUUAUUUACAACUUUCAGGACACUAAAACCUGUCAAUAAAUGUAUAAGACAGGAAACCGUUUUGAUAAAAGAGAAAUAUUUAGCUCCUAUUCUUGUCCUUGCUAUGUCUGAAUUUACACUUGAAGUUUAGUUUUUAAAUAAAUGUUUUUUCUUUUGUCUGAGAGUUUGCACUCUCUUGCGCAACAAAUCAAUCCUGUUGUUUAUGAAUCGAGUUACCAGCACUUUAAUGGUAGACAAAAUACAGACAAAUAAACAGAAAGAAGGAAGAAUUGAGAGGCCUUAUGAAUGUUGUAGAGACUUUAAAGUAGUUUUUUUGAAAAACGAUGAUUCAAAUCAAAUCUGGUCUUGGACUAAAAAGUAGUCUGAGCCUUAAUUGUAUUCAAAACUUGUCUUUUCACCCUUUUUUUAGACCUCACUGGUGUCAACCUCUCCUAACCUUUUUUUAUGUAACUGCACUGUUAUAUUGUUAUCAAAUACCUUGGCAUAAAUUUCCAGACUGCCGAUCUGAAAUGUUGGCCAUUUUAGUUCAAACUUGAAGUUUUGCUGUGCUGCAUUUACUGUCACAAAAAGGGCAGGAUAAUCGGAGGUUAUAAACGUUCAAUCUUGGGCUUUUUAUCUUGAAGUUUGCUAUAAAUUUUUAAAGUGAACCUUUUGUAGAUCCCAUAGAAACGGGAUGGGGCUUCUUUUCUGACUUGAUGUGCCUUGCUCUUUGUCAAUCAUCAAUUUUAAUCAUCUUCAGUGUUGUUAGGAGUUUAUAUUAUACUCUCAUUGCCAUCCUAUAGACCACAGAAUGGACCAAUAAACACAGCCAUAUAUGCAGCCCUGGAUAAUCACACAUGCAUAUAGACCAGCAACCUCUAUUUAACUUGAAAUUGCAAUCUAUGUCUUUUUUUUUUUUUUUUUUUAACAAUCUUUCUUUGCAUUCCAUUUCUUCAAUAACUAACCCAUGAAAUUAUUUUGUACAAUAUGUAAACCAAAAUGAUUUGACAUGAAAUACCAUGUCGGCUGCCUCAGCUGUUUAUAUCCGUUUGGUUUUUGUUCUUUCUCUGUGCAUCUCUGUUUUCUUCAUUACUUUUUUUUUUCAUCAUUACAUUUUUUUUUUUUUUUUUUUUUUUUUUUUAUACACAUCAUAGGAAGAUCUCUUCCAGAUCAUUCCCCUCUUAUAACUGUAGUAAGUGUUCAAUGAGUUUAACUCUUUAAAUACGGAAUUAACCCACUAUCAGCUUAGAUGAUGAAAUAAUCAAAUGCUAACCUGCAAAAAGCUUUAGAUUUGGGCAUUUAAAAAAAACUUCUACCAUGGCAAUAUACACGUGGGGAACAGUAUGUCAAAAGAAGAUGAAUGUGGAACAAAUUAAUAUAAAAAAUGCCAAAUGGAAUGUUGAGAUUUACCUAUAUGUUAAAUACAAAUACAAAAUAAUGCAGUUGUAUUUUCUUGGAGACUUUUAAAACUUCCACACUCCUGGUUCUCCUUAUCUUGCCUCUUUUCAUUUGAUGUACAAUAACUACCUUUAGUUUUUGUGUGACUUCUCAGUUCUGUCUUAGCAGCAGACAGACACCAAUGUACAGUAAAUGUGUGAGAACCGACUGACAUUCAUAGUCACAUCUAUAUAUAUAUAUAUAUUUGUAAAAUCUUGUAUUUUACUUUGGGUAUAAAAGAAUUUUGUUGUGA